AGACCGACUCUUAGUUGGUCUUCUCCGGACAGCGCACCCUUUUCACUUUUGCUCCUCUUUGUUCUUCAUCGCCCUUGCUUCUCUCGAUCGAAGGCGACACCCCCCAUCCUUCUCCGCCGCUCGACCAUUUCCCUUCUCGCAUCGCUGGCGCCCAUUUUCUCUCGUCGUCGAAGUUACAAUGCCACUUUGGUAAAGCUCAGGAGGUCCAUUAACAAAAGAUUGAAUGGUGGAGUGUAUUGAGGUGCUUUGAUCAUCCACGAAGAGUUUGGAGGUCUGCGGCAAGGUCUGGUUGGGUCUGUAUGGAGAAGAAGUAAGAAAUCUUGAAGUUUGAGUAUAGAUUAGGAGACAACUGUCAAAAACCGAAAAGCCUUCAGACAUUCAACAAGAAUGAGAAGUUGUUGCAUCUCGAAUUGAGUUUUCUGUGAAUAUUCUUUUCAGCACAAUGUCCGGGUUGCUUAAUUCAACACUUAAUGGUUCAACAUCAAAUCUUCCUGACUCAACUGGCAGGCCUUUCACAUCUUCAUUUUCCGCUCAAUCUGCAACAACUCCAGGUUUUCAUCACUCUGGUGGUCUGCAAGGGCUACACAACAUCCACGGAAGCUUUAACAUUCCAAACAUGGCAAGCUCACUUGCAUCCAGGAAUGCGGCAAUGAGUGGCGUCCCAUCAAGUGGUGUUCAGCAACCAGGAGGAAACAUAUCUAGUGGACGAUUCGCAUCAAACAAUAUUCCAGUUGCUUUGUCUCAGAUUUCACAUGGUUCCGGGGUAACCAAUAGAGGGGGCAUUAACAUUGUAGGAAGCCCUGCUUUUAGUAGCAGUAUGAGUGGAGUUGGUGGUUCAAUACCUGGGAUUUCCUCGAGCUCUGCUACUGCUGGCAACCGUAGUUCUGUUCCUGGGUUGGGUGUAUCUCCAAUUUUAGGGAAUGUAGGUCCUCGAAUAACAAGCUCAAUAGGGAACAUGGUUGGUGGAGGAAGCAUGGGAAGAAGCAUAAGCUCUGGAGGAUUGUCUGUUCCUGGCCUUGCUUCUCGUGUAAAUUUAGCUGCUAAUAGUGGAGCAGGGAACCUUAAUGUACAGGGACCCAACAGGCUGAUGGGCGGCAUGCUUCAACAAGCACCUCAAAUGCUUGGUAUGCUUGGGAACUCUUAUCCUACUUCUGGAGGAUCAUUAUUGCAGAGUCAAAUACAAGGAGGGAAUAAUGCAUUAAGCUCUAUGGGGAUGUUAAAUGAUCUCAACUCCAAUGAUGGUUCUCCCUUUGACAUGAAUGAUUUUCCUCAAUUGACUGGGAGACCCAGUUCAGCUGGAGGGCCACAAGGACAAUUGGGUUCAAUGCGCAAGCAAGGAGUUGGUGUUAACUCCAUUGUCCAACAAACCCAGGAAUUUAGCAUCCAAAAUGAAGAUUUUCCAGCUUUGCCUGGAUUUAAAGGUGGCAGCUCAGAUUUUUCUGUCGAUUUGCAUCAGAAGGAACAACUUCAAGAGAAUGUUCCUAUGAUGCAGUCACAGCAUUUCAGUAUGGCAAGAUCUUCUGGAUUUAGCUUAGGAGGGACUUACCCAUCUAACCGUCAGCAACAACAGCAGCAUGCUGCAGCGGUCAGUAGUGCUGGGGUCACAUAUUCACCUGGAAACAAUCAAGAUCUUAUCCAUCUACAUGGAUCUGAUUUAUUUCCAUCUUCUCAUGGAACCUAUCACUCCCAGAUGCAAAAUAGUGGACCACCUGGCAUUGGAUUGAGAUCAUUAUGCUCUCCAAAUGCAGCUUCUGGCAUGGGAGCAUAUGAGCAGCUCAUUCAGCAAUAUCAACAGCCACAUAAUCAAUCUCAAUUUUGGCAGCAACAGAUGUCUGCUGUUAAUCAAUCAUACAGAGAUCAGAGUCUGAAGUCCAUGCAGGGGAUACAAACUGCUCCUGAUCGGUUUGGCUUACUGGGCUUGUUAAGUGUUAUUAGGAUGAAUGAUCCAGAUCUGACAUCCCUUGCUUUAGGAAUUGACUUGACAACUUUAGGGUUGAAUUUGAACUCAUCAGAUAAUCUUCAUAAGACAUUUGGAUCUCCAUGGUCUGAUGAGCCGGCCAGAGGAGAGCCUGAGUAUUGCAUUCCAUCUUGUUAUUGUGCCAAACAGCCACCUCCACUACAGCAAGGAUAUUUUUCACGGUUUAAUCCAUUGACACUGUUUUACAUCUUUUACAGCAUGCCAAAAGAUGAAGCUCAACUUUAUGCUGCUUCUGAACUGUACUCACGGGGAUGGUUCUACCAUAAAGAGCACCAACUAUGGUUCACAAGAGCAAACGUGGAGCCUCUGGUUAAGACUCAGACGUAUGAAAGGGGAACCUAUGUCUGUUUCGAUCCAAACACAUGGGAAACUAGAACUAAGGAAAACUUUGUUCUCCAAUACGAGGCAGUGGAUAAGAAACCAACUCUUCCUUCCGCGCGCCCUUUAACAUAAGCCAAUUAUCUUUUGAUGUAAAAGGCCCAGCAUGUGUCAUUAAUUCUAGAAAUAAACUCGAUCCAAUCUAUUCUCCAUUCUCUUUAAAGCUGUGGUUUUUUUUUUGCAACUGAGUUGGUAGGUGAUUUCUGUCGAGCCUCGGCAUCUCUAAAUUGACCCCAUAGUUCAUUAGGAAUUUUCAUUCCGCAUUUGUCUCUUUCUUUUAAGAAUAUCCUGUGAUGUGAUUUUCUCAUUAA